ACUUCUCCCUCCUCCCCCACAAGGCCUUCCCCAGCCCCACCUCCUGUUCCCCGGCGUGGGCCAAGCCUCCCGGAUGUCCAGUUCCAGAUGCCUGGUCUCAGAGUGGGGAAAUUACCUCUGGAGAAGCCCCCACUCCACAAGCUGCCAAGGCAAGAUGUGGUGGCUACUCCUCUGGGGAGUCCUCCAGGCUUGCCCCACACAGGGCUCCGUGCUCUUGGCCCAGCAGCUACCCCAGCAGCUGACAUCCCCCGGGUAUCCAGAGCCAUAUGUCAAAGGCCAAGAGAGCAGCAGUGACAUCGAGGCUCCAGAGGGCUUCGCAGUGAGACUUGUCUUCCAGGACUUUGACCUGGAGCCGUCCCAGGACUGCGGGCAGGACUCUGUCACAAUCACAGCCAGUGGGAUGGAUCCGAACCGGUUCUGUGGGCAGCAGGGCUCCCCGCUGGGCAGCCCCCCUGGUCAGAGGGAGUUUGUGUCCCCAGGGAAUCGAUUGCAGCUGACUUUCCGAGCACCCGCCUCCUCUCAGGACAGGACUACUGGCCUCCACAGGGGCUUCCUGGCCCUCUACCAAGCUGUGGGGGUGAACCACAGUCGGCCCAGUGGGGGCUCUGAGGCCAUCAGCAUAGCUGAAGACAACUCCUCCAAGAUCCAGAACCACUGCCAGGAGCCCUACUAUCAGGCAGUGCUGGCAGGGGCACUCCCCUGCACAACCCAGGGCCUCUGGAAGGAGACACAAGAUAGGGAGGAGCUUCCUCGCUGUGAACCUGUCUGUGGCCGGCCACUCACCCCCAUCGCCCAGAACCAGGAGGCCCUCGAUUCCUCCAAAGCCAAGUUGGGCAACUUCCCCUGGCAAGCUUUCACCAGUAUCUACGGCCGUGGAGGGGGGGCCCUGCUGGGCGACAGGUGGAUCCUCACCGCCGCCCACACCAUCUAUCCCAAGGACAGCGUCUUUCCCUGGAAGAACCGGAGGGUGGAUGUCUUCCUGGGCCACACAAGCCUAGACGAGAUGCUGCGGCUGGGAAGUCACCCUGUGCGCCGUGUGGUCGUGCACCCCGACUACCGCCAGAACGAGUCCCACAACUUCAACGGGGACAUUGCCCUCCUGGAGCUCCAACACAGCGUCCCCCUCGGGCCCAGCCUCCUCCCGGUCUGUCUGCCCGACAGUGAGACCCUCUACCGCAGCGGCGUGUUGGGCUAUGUCAGUGGGUUCGGCGUGGAGAGGGGCUGGUUAACCACCGAGCUGAAGUACUCCAGGCUUCCCAUCGCCCCGAGGGCGGCCUGCCAGGCCUGGCUCCAAGAGAAGCAGAGGUCUGACGUGUUUUCGGACAACAUGUUCUGCGCUGGGGAUGAGAUGAGGCACCAGAGCGUCUGCCAGGGGGACAGUGGUGGCGUCUAUGUGGUAUGGGAUGAGCGCGCCCAUCACUGGGUGGCCACAGGCAUCGUAUCCUGGGGCGUCGGGUGCGGCAAGGGCUAUGGCUUCUACACCAAAGUGCUCAACUACCUGGACUGGAUCAAAGGAGUGAUGGGGGGGAAGGACUGACCCUGGGGGCACUUGAGCAGUGACCCUCCACUCUGGAGGCCCCCACCCCGAAAGGAGAGGGUUGGGAGCUCGGACUGGGCUCGGGGACGGGGAUGGGGGCAGAGAAUCUCUAUUCGAGCUCCUGCUGCCGUAUCCCUCAUGCGACAGAACUCCUCCUCCUUCCCAAGGCUCCCUCCUCCUCAUCCUCUCCCUUCCUUCCAGUUUGCGAGUUUGUGCUCUGCCCAAGGAAUCCCUGUACAUCUCAGCUGGUUGCCUUUAAACUUCAUCUUCUGGGUGCUUGGGUGGCUCAGUCUCUAAACUUCAUCUUCUGGGCGCUUGGGUGGCUCAGUCUCUAAACCUCAUCUUCUGGGCGCUUGGGUGGCUCAGUCUCUAAACCUCAUCUUCUGGGCGCUUGGGUGGCUCAGUCUCUAAACCUCAUCUUCUGGGCGCUUGGGUGGCUCAGUCUCUAAACCUCAUCUUCUGGGCGCUUGGGUGGCUCAGUCUCUAAACCUCAUCUUCUGGGCGCUUGGGUGGCUCAGUCUCUAAACCUCAUCUUCUGGGCGCUUGGGUGGCUCAGUCUCUAAACCUCAUCUUCUGGGCGCUUGGGUGGCUCAGUCUCUAAACCUCAUCUUCUGGGCGCUUGGGUGGCUCAGUCUCUAAACCUCAUCUUCUGGGCGCUUGGGUGGCUCAGUCUCUAAACCUCAUCUUCUGGGCGCUUGGGUGGCUCAGUCUCUAAACCUCAUCUUCUGGGCGCUUGGGUGGCUCAGUCUCUAAACCUCAUCUUCUGGGCGCUUGGGUGGCUCAGUCUCUAAACCUCAUCUUCUGGGCGCUUGGGUGGCUCAGUCUCUAAACCUCAUCUUCUGGGCGCUUGGGUGGCUCAGUCUCUAAACUUCAUCUUCUGGGCGCUUGGGUGGCUCAGUCUCUAAACUUCAUCUUCUGGGCGCUUGGGUGGCUCAGUCUCUAAACUUCAUCUUCUGGGUGCCUGGGUGGCUCAGUCAUUAAGUAUUGGAUUUCAGCUCAGGUCAUCAUCUCACGGGACUUCAUGAGCUCCAGCCCCAUUUCUCUCUCUCUCUCUCUCUCCCUCCUGGGAUUCUCUCUCUUUCUCUCUGUCUGCCCCUCGCUCACUUGCGCCCUCUCUCUCCCUCUCAAAAAAUAAAAUAAAGCCUGGGGGGACUCAGUCGGUUAAGCGUCCGACUUCCGCUCAGGUCAUGAUCUCACAGUCCUGGAGUUCGAGCCCCGCGUCAGGCUCUGUGCUGACAGCUCGGAGCCUGGAGCCUGCUUCAGAUUCUGUGUCUCCCUCUCUCUCUGCCCCUCCCCUGCUCUCUCCCACUCUCUCUCUCUCUCUCAAAAAUAUAUAAAAACAUUCAAAAAUUUUUUCAAUAAAUAAAGUAAAUAGUAAUAAUAAACUUCAUCUCCUGCCGACAUGGCUUCUUCUGUACUCUCCUGGGAGUCUGUCACCUUCUCAUCCCCCUGUUCACGUUGAGUAUGAGGGAUGUGGUCCUAAAUGCUUUCAUUUCUGAAACAUUCCAAAGCCCCUUUCGUGGACCUUCCCGCGUUCAAAGUUUCGGCUUCACCCCUCACCCUAUCUCCUAGCUGCAGUUACCGAAGUGAAUAGUUCGUUCUGUUUGACAUCUGCCGCACACCAGGUGCUUCCCAUGUUAUUUCAUCGACUCCUCACACCAGGUUUGCCAUGGAUGUGUUACGGGCCACAUUUCACAGAUAAGGAAACUGAACCCCAGAGAGAGAAAGUGGCUUGCCCCAAACCCCCAGCAGAUACCGGACAGCGAAGGCUGUCUGCUUUCUGGUACACCAUGAUACCUCCUGAUUGUCCUCAAGACCUCCUGUACCUCCCCUACCCAGUCCCCACAUCCUUACGGACGCCCCCUGGGAGUUCCUGCUUCGGUGGGAUGCUCAGCCAACUGAGCCACCCAGGCACCCCAAGAGUGAUUUUUUUUUUUUUAAUGUCUCUGGAGACAGGAGAGAGAGAGCACUUCACAGAAGCAGGUCUUUAACAAAUGCAUCGUGAUGCACCUGCUCACACUUUCCUGCCGGCCGCACCUCCUGCGGACACCAAGCUGAGCCCAGCCUGGGGCUGGAUGUUUCUACAGACAGCCUCCAGCACCACGGGACACCCCGGUCCAGGCUCCACCUGAGAAGACCAACUCUUUAACUUGUAGUAAGGACUCGAGGUGAUUUACAGCGCAAGACCCAAGUAAAGUACAGUUGUUCACAUGGAAAUAGGAAAUUAAUGCCAGAACACAGAAGAGAACCAAUGUGCUAACAUUGAGGUCAAGUUAGCUAUGUGGUUAAAGGUUGAAUUGAUCUUGAAAAACAGCAGGAUGCAAAGUUGUACAUACAGGUGGUUACGUCGAUUUUUUAAAACCAUUUUCAAACCUAUAGUAUAAAAGACGAUUAAAAAUAGCCUAAAAGUUAAAAAAAAUACCCAAAAAUAUUAAUCAGAAGUUAAUUUUGGCUGUUUUGUUUUCCCCUAGUCUUUUGUGUUUGCUAAACUUUGCUAAACUGUAUUUAAUGAGCAUAUAUUAGUUUUAUUUUAUUUAUUUUUAUUAUUGAAAAAAUGAGGGGUACCUGGGUGGCUCAGUCGGUUGAGCAUCCAACUUUGGCUCAGGUCAUGAUCUCACAGUUCAUGAGGUCAAGCCCCGCGUCAGGUUCUGUGCUGACAGCUCAGAGCCUGGAACCUGCUUCAGGUUCUGUGUCUCCCUCUCUCUCUGCCCCUUCCCUGCUUGCACUCUGUCUGUC